UCUGGGCUUAUAACAUUUGAAAAGCAUUCCUAGUACCACUUUGAAGAUUCCUCUCUUGUUGACCUACUGUGCAAAUUAAACCAAGAUGGCACAUCACAUUAAUGAGAAUUUGCCUCUAAUAAGUUUGGGCACUUGGUCUCUACAAGAUUCGGUAUCACUGCUAUACAGAAUGAAAAAAUAAGUAAAAUAAAAUGAGGAACGACUUAAAGAAAUGGGUGCUUGGAGUGAAAACAUAAUGAGAGUGAAUUUGGAAGCCUAGAUGUAGACGUCUUCAAAGAAGUUGACUAAUUUGGUCCUUGGCCAACAUACCAAACGUUCUUUACAGAAGCAUAUAAUGUGUAGAAGAAAAGUCCUUGGAAGCAUGGUAUUUCACAGAGUUUAAAGGAGGAGAGGUUUGUUUGGCUCAUGGUUUGGAAAGUUUCAGCCCAUUGUGGCCUGGCUCCAAGACAGGAACAUUAGGUCAGAAGGACAGUGGAAUGAAGCUACUUGAUUCAUCAUGGCCGGGAAGUAGAGCAGGAGAGCAAUGCCACAGAGGAAGGACCAUGGACCCAGUAUCCAAGGUCACGCCUCCUUCACCCACUCAGCUACUCCAGUUGAUGUACUAAAAGCACUAGAUUUUCACAGUUCUCCAGAGGGAAUAUCAAAAACAAUGGGAUUUUGCACAAACAGAAAGAAUUCUAAAGGUUCAGAUACUGCGUAUAGAGUUUCAAAGUUAGCACAACUCAGUGCCCCAACAAAACAGUUAUUUCCAGGUGGCAGUUUUCCAGAGGAUUUUUCAAUAUUGUUUACAGUAAAACCCAAAAAAGGAAUUCAGUCUUUCCUUUUAUCCAUAUAUAAUGAGCAUGGCAUUCAGCAAAUUGGUGUUGAGGUUGGGAGAUCACCUGUUUUUCUGUUCGAAGACCACACUGGAAAACCUGCCCCGGAAGACUACCCACUCUUCAGAACUGUUAACAUCGCUGAUGGGAAGUGGCAUCGGGUAGCAAUCAGUGUGGAGAAGAAAACUGUGACAAUGAUUGUUGAUUGUAAGAAGAAAACCACAAAACCACUUGACAGAAGUGAGAGAUCAAUUGUUGAUACCAAUGGAAUCACAGUUUUUGGAACAAGAAUUUUAGAUGAAGAAGUUUUUGAGGGGGACAUCCAGCAGUUUUUGAUCACCGGUGACCCCAAGGCGGCAUAUGACUACUGUGAGCAUUAUAGUCUCGACUGUGACUCUUCAGCAUCAAAGGCUGCUCAGGCUCAGGAACCUCAGAUAGAUGAGUAUGCACCUGAGGAUAUAAUCGAAUAUGAUUAUGAGUAUGGGGAAACAGACUAUAAAGAGGCUGAAAGUGUGACAGAGAGACCCACUGUAACUGAGGAGACAAUAGCCCAAACAGAGGCAAAUAUUGUUGAUGAUUUUCAAGAAUAUAACUAUGGAACAAUGGAAAGUUAUCAGACAGAAGCUCCUCACCGUGUAUCUGGAUCAAAUGAGCCAAAUCCAGCUGAAGAUGUUUUUACUGAAGAAUAUAUAACUGGAGAGGAUUAUGCCCAGAGGAAAAAUUCCGAGGAUACUCUAUAUGAAAAUAGAGACAUAGACAGCAGGGACCCUGAUCUUCUGGUAGAUGGAGAUUUAGGCGAAUAUGAUUUUUAUGAAUAUAAAGACUAUGAAGAUAAACCAACAAGUCCCCCUAAUGAAGAAUUUGGUCCAGGUGUACCAGCAGAAACUGAUUUCACAGAAACAAGCAUAAAUGGCCAUGGUGUAUACGGAGAAAAAGGACAGAAAGGAGAACCAGCAGUGGUCGAACCUGGUAUGCUUGUUGAAGGACCACCAGGGCCAGCAGGACCUGUGGGUCUCAUGGGUCCUCCAGGUCUACAAGGACCCUCUGGACCCCCUGGUGACCCUGGUGAUAGGGGCCCUCCAGGACGUCCUGGUUUACCAGGGGCUGAUGGUCUACCUGGCCCUCCUGGUACCAUGUUAAUGUUACCAUUUCGUUAUGGUGGGGAUGGUUCUAAAGGACCAACUGUCUCUGCUCAGGAAGCACAGGCUCAGGCCAUACUGCAGCAGGCUCGGAUUGCUCUGAGAGGCCCACCUGGCCCAAUGGGUCUGACUGGAAGACCAGGUCCUGUGGGAGGACCUGGGUCAUCUGGGGCCAAAGGUGAGAGUGGUGAUCCUGGUCCUCAGGGCCCUCGAGGUGUACAAGGUCCUCCUGGUCCAACAGGAAAACCUGGAAAAAGGGGUCGUCCAGGUGCAGAUGGAGGAAGAGGAAUGCCCGGAGAGCCCGGAUCAAAGGGAGAUCGAGGGUUUGAUGGACUUCCUGGUCUACCGGGUGACAAAGGUCACAGGGGUGAAAGAGGCCCUCAAGGUCCUCCUGGUUCUCCUGGAGAUGAUGGAAUGAGGGGAGAAGAUGGAGAAAUAGGGCCAAGGGGUCUUCCAGGUGAAGCGGGCCCACGAGGAUUGCUGGGACCACGAGGAACUCCUGGACCUCCCGGACAGCCUGGCAUCGCAGGUGUAGAUGGCCCCCCUGGACCGAAAGGGAAUAUGGGUCCCCAAGGGGAGCCUGGACCUCCAGGUCAGCAAGGAAAUCCAGGACCUCAAGGUCUUCCUGGUCCACAAGGUCCAAUUGGUCCUCCUGGUGAAAAAGGACCACAAGGAAAACCAGGUCUUGCUGGGCUUCCUGGUGCUGAUGGGCCUCCUGGUCACCCUGGAAAAGAAGGCCAGUCUGGAGAAAAGGGUGCUCUGGGUCCUCUUGGUCCACAGGGUCCUAUUGGCUACCCUGGUCCCCGAGGAGUAAAGGGAGCAGAUGGUGUCAGGGGUCUCAAAGGAUCAAAAGGUGAAAAGGGUGAAGAUGGCUUUCCAGGUUUCAAAGGUGACAUGGGUCUUAAGGGUGAUAGAGGAGAAGUUGGUCAAAUAGGCCCAAGAGGAGAAGAUGGCCCUGAGGGACCCAAAGGUCGCGCAGGUCCAACUGGAGACACAGGUCCUCCUGGCCAAGCAGGAGAGAAGGGGAAACUUGGAGUUCCAGGAUUACCAGGAUAUCCAGGAAGACAAGGUCAAAAGGGUUCCACUGGAUUUCCUGGGUUCCCGGGUGCCAAUGGGGAGAAAGGUGCACGGGGAGUAGCUGGCAAACCAGGCCCUCGAGGUCAACGUGGACCAACGGGUCCUCGAGGUUCCAGAGGAGCAAGAGGUCCCACGGGGAAACCAGGGCCAAAGGGAACUUCAGGUGGUGAUGGUCCUCCUGGCCCUCCAGGUGAAAGAGGUCCUCAAGGACCUCAGGGCCCAGUUGGAUUCCCUGGACCAAAAGGCCCUCCUGGUCCACCUGGAAAGGAUGGGCUACCAGGACACCCUGGGCAACGAGGGGAAACUGGGUUUCAAGGCAAGACUGGGCCCCCUGGGCCAGGAGGUGUUGUUGGACCACAGGGACCAACCGGUGAGACUGGCCCAAUAGGUGAACGUGGGCAUCCUGGCCCUCCUGGCCCUCCUGGUGAGCAAGGUCUUCCUGGUGCUGCAGGAAAGGAAGGUGCAAAGGGUGACCCAGGUCCUCAGGGUAUCUCAGGGAAAGAUGGACCUGCAGGAUUACGUGGUUUCCCAGGUGAAAGAGGACUUCCUGGAGCUCAGGGUGCACCUGGACUGAAAGGAGGAGAAGGUCCCCAGGGCCCACCAGGUCCAGUGGGCUCACCAGGAGAACGCGGAUCAGCAGGGAGCGCUGGCCCCAUUGGUUUGCCAGGGCGUCCAGGACCCCAGGGACCUCCUGGACCAGCUGGAGAGAAAGGUGCUCCUGGAGAAAAAGGUCCCCAAGGCCCUGCAGGGAGAGAUGGAGUUCAAGGUCCUGUGGGUCUCCCGGGGCCAGCUGGUCCUGCUGGCUCUCCUGGGGAAGAUGGAGACAAGGGUGAAAUUGGUGAACCAGGACAAAAAGGCAGCAAGGGUGACAAAGGAGAAAAUGGUCCUCCUGGCCCCCCGGGUCUCCAAGGACCAGUUGGUGCCCCUGGAAUUGCUGGGGGUGAUGGUGAGCCAGGCCCCAGAGGACAGCAGGGCAUGUUUGGACAAAAAGGAGAUGAAGGCUCAAGAGGUUUCCCUGGACCUCCUGGUCCCAUAGGUCUUCAGGGCUUACCAGGCCCACCUGGUGAAAAAGGAGAAAAUGGAGAUGUUGGCCCCAUGGGUCCACCUGGUCCUCCUGGCCCAAGAGGUCCUCAAGGUCCCAAUGGAGCUGAUGGACCACAAGGACCCCCAGGAUCUAUUGGAUCAGUUGGUGGUGUUGGAGAAAAGGGUGAACCUGGAGAAGCAGGGAACCCAGGGCCCCCUGGUGAAGCAGGCACAGGUGGUCCCAAAGGAGAAAGAGGAGAGAAAGGAGAAGCUGGCUCACCUGGUGCUGCUGGACCUCCUGGUCUUAAGGGGCCACCGGGUGAUGAUGGCCCCAAGGGUAACCCGGGUCCUGUUGGUUUUCCUGGAGAUCCUGGUCCUCCUGGCGAACCUGGCCCAGCAGGUCAAGACGGUGUUGGUGGUGACAAGGGUGAAGAUGGAGAUCCCGGACAACCGGGUCCUCCUGGUCCAUCUGGUGAAGCUGGCCCACCAGGUCCUCCUGGAAAAAGAGGUCCUCCUGGAGCUGCAGGUGCAGAGGGAAGACAAGGAGAAAAAGGUGCCAAGGGAGAAGCAGGUGCUGAAGGUCCUCCUGGGAAAACUGGCCCAGUCGGCCCUCAGGGUCCUGCUGGGAAGCCUGGUCCAGAGGGUCUUCGCGGCAUUCCUGGCCCUGUGGGAGAACAAGGUCUCCCUGGAGCUGCAGGCCAAGAUGGACCACCUGGACCUAUAGGACCUCCUGGCUUACCCGGUCUCAAAGGUGACCCUGGCUUCAAGGGUGAAAAGGGACAUCCUGGUUUAAUUGGCCUGAUUGGUCCUCCAGGAGAGCAAGGAGAAAAAGGUGACAGAGGGCUCCCUGGUACCCAAGGAUCUCCAGGAGUAAAAGGGGACGGAGGAAGUCCAGGUCCUGCUGGCCCCAUAGGCCCACCUGGUCCUCCGGGCUUACCAGGUCCUCAAGGCCAAAAGGGUAAUAAAGGCUCUUCUGGACCUGCUGGCCAAAAGGGUGACAGUGGUCUUCCAGGGCUUCCUGGACCUCCAGGUCCUCCUGGCGAGGUCAUUCAGCCUUUACCUAUCUUGUCACCCAAAAAAACCAGAAGACAUGCUGAAAGUAUGCAAGCAGAUGCAGGUGAUAAUAUUCUUGAUUAUUCAGAUGGAAUGGAGGAAAUAUUUGGUUCACUUAAUUCCCUGAAACAAGACAUUGAGCAUAUGAAGUUUCCAAUGGGUACUCAGACAAAUCCAGCCCGAACUUGCAAAGACCUGCAACUCAGCCAUCCUGACUUCCCAGAUGGUGAAUAUUGGAUUGAUCCUAACCAAGGUUGUUCAGGAGAUUCCUUCAAAGUUUAUUGCAAUUUCACAUCUGGUGGUGAGACUUGCAUUUAUCCAGACAAAAAAUCUGAGGGAGUAAGAAUUUCAUCAUGGCCAAAGGAGAAACCAGGAAGUUGGUUUAGUGAAUUUAAAAGAGGAAAACUGCUUUCAUAUGUAGAUGUUGAAGGAAAUUCCAUUAACAUGGUACAAAUGACAUUCCUAAAACUUCUGACUGCUUCUGCUCGGCAAAAUUUCACCUACAACUGUCAUCAGUCAGUUGCCUGGUAUGAUAUGUCAUCAGGAAGUUAUGACAAAGCACUUCGGUUCCUGGGAUCAAAUGAUGAGGAGAUGUCCUACGAUAACAACCCUUACAUCAAAGCACUGUAUGACGGCUGUGCGUCCAGAAAAGGCUAUGACAAGACUGUGAUUGAAAUCAAUACACCGAAAAUUGAUCAAGUACCUAUCAUUGAUGUAAUGAUCAAUGACUUUGGUGAUCAGAAUCAGAAAUGUGGAUUUGAAGUUGGUCCAGUUUGUUUUCUUGGCUAAGAUUAGGAGAAAGAACCUAUGAAAUCAACAGAAUAUAAACUUUGGUACCACCAACCCAUUUUAUGCCACAUGCAAAUUUUAAAUAAGGAUGGUAUAGAAUAUAACUCGCUAUGUAAACUUUUACCGUGUAGGAAAUAACUGCUGCCCUUGUGGGGGCAGAAUCACUUGAAAACAGCUUUCAGAAUCAUGAGGUUCUAAGACAGUGUGGCUGAGAUGGAACAAGGCUGAUUCUUGAUCCUUGGCCCUCAUCUCUACUUUUCUUAUUUGGAUUUCUUUGGUGCUGUAGAAAAAAAGAGAGAAAGUAUUCAUAAAAAUAUGGUGCUCACUCCCAUCCAUCAAGGAUAUGCUAAAAAAAAAGUGUUUAAUAAAUUGUAAUUAUUUUAUGUACAGUUCUAUACUGUUAUCUAUGUGUCCAUUUCUAAAACUUGCACAUAUCUCUGAAUCCCAUUUGACUCUAAUUUUAUGAUAAAUAUGGAACUAUGAUGGCAAUAAAUAUAUGUAUUACAAAAAUAAAGUUGUAAUUUCUGAUGAUUCUAAUUCCCUUUCUUUGAUUAAUAAUAAAAUGCCUUUGUAUAUAU